UGUUAUUUUGUUUGAGCAGGUAUUUGUGAUGAUAGAUCUUGAGAAGAUCUUUCCGACGCAACAAGAAUCUCUUCAAUUGGAGCAAGAACGCGAAAGCUAUGAAGAUUCAAAGUUCUUGAGCUUGCGUUACAAUUGCGGCGGUUACAAAGUGAAGUUGUGGGGUGACUCACAAUGGAGUUGAGACCUUUGGGGUUUGGGAAACUUGUCACUCUACUGUAACAGCUGCAAAUAGGUUGGGAACAACCAAGCUAGGUUGGCAAGGGUGGCCAACUUGGAUGGAUUGGUUGGGAAGGGACAAAGGUCAAAGUUGAGGUUCCUAUAGGGAGGGAAUCUUUGUGCUUAUGGGGUUUCCUUGGUUGGGGACUCUCUUGGGAUCUUCCCUCUCAUCCCUCUCUUUCUAUCCCAACCUUUCUCUUGCUCCUUCUAAUUCCUUGUAAUGCCUAUCCUGGUUUGUUUGUUAUGGUUGAGGAUGUGCAUGGGCAUGAGGGUGAUGUGGGAUCUGUGGGAAAGGUUGUGAUGCACCCUCUCACGCACUGGGUGAUUGAUUCGGGUUGCACCAGUCACAUGACCCCACAGGCAGAUUUGCUUGAUGAGGUAAAACCCCCUGGGAAGAUCAAGUAUGUGGCAGCAGCGUCAGGUGCUUUGCUCCCUGUCAUUGGUGUUGGAAAUGCCAAGGUUAAGGGAGCUAAUGGGGAGCUUGUGGGGCUUGGGAAUGUUCUGCUAGUUGAAGGUUUGUCUGCUAACCUUCUCUCUGUGCGGCGACUGCAGAAGAGCAAGGCCGAAGUGACCUUUGGACCAACCAGCUGCCGUGCUAAGCUUGGGAAGAAGAUGGACAUUGUGACUGCCUUUCUGAAUGGGAUCAUUCUGGAGGAGGUGUAUAUGAAGCAGCCAGAGGGGCUGGAUGAUGGGAGCGGCAGGGUCUGCAGGCUGAAGAAGGCCAUCUAUGGCCUUAAGCAGGCGCCUCUGGGAUUGGAGUACAGUGGAGUGAGGCAGCGGUUGCAGAGAGGUGCUGCAGAUGUGAAGAGUGGAGAGAUGCUCUUGAGUUGCUAUACUGACGCUAGCUUCAACUCAGUGAAAGCGGAUGGCACCAGCAUUGGGGGAUAUGUGUGCUUGCUAGGAGGUGGUGCUGUGAGCUGGCGCAGCAAGAAGCAGAAUGAGGUGGGAUUGUCCUCAUGUGAGACUGAGUACAUGGCCUUACACCAUGGGGCCAAGGAAGUGGUGUGGCUGAGGCGCUUGUUGGAGGAGUUGGGAGUUGGUCAGGAGAAGCCGACAGUUGUGUUUUGUGACAAUGAGUCCGCUGUGAAGCUCGCCAAGAAUGCUUGUCUGCAUGGGCUGACAAAACACAUAAGGCCUAAGUGGCACUGGGUGAGGAGACUUCUUGAUAAGGAGGUGCGGCUGGAGAUAGUGAAGACCCAUCAGCAGGCAGCAGAUAUUUUCACUAAGCGUCUGGCGGAGGCGGAUCAUUGGAAGGGCAUGAAGCUUGCUGGGAUGAGUGUGCAUUGAGUAUGCAUGCUUGAGAUGUGGCAUGAUGGAUGAUGGUUGGCAGCCAGAGGGGGAGAUUGUUGUGUGAUGUCAUCAUAUGCUAUCACAUUCUGUCUGCCUCCCAUCCCAUGUUUUCAACUUGCAUGUGUGGUUUGAAUGUGCAAGCAUUUGUGUGGUGUGUGUUCUGGAGUUUGGGAAUGUGUUAUGUGUUAUUUUGUUUGAGCAGGUAUUUGUGAUGAUAGAUCUUGAGAAGAUCUUUCCGACGCAACAAGAAUCUCUUCAAUUGGAGCAAGAACGCGAAAGCUAUGAAGAUUCAAAGUUCUUGAGCUUGCGUUACAAUUGCGGCGGUUACAAAGUGAAGUUGUGGGGUGACUCACAAUGGAGUUGAGACCUUUGGGGUUUGGGAAACUUGUCACUCUACUGUAACAGCUGCAAAUAGGUUGGGAACAACCAAGCUAGGUUGGCAAGGGUGGCCAACUUGGAUGGAUUGGUUGGGAAGGGACAAAGGUCAAAGUUGAGGUUCCUAUAGGGAGGGAAUCUUUGUGCUUAUGGGGUUUCCUUGGUUGGGGACUCUCUUGGGAUCUUCCCUCUCAUCCCUCUCUUUCUAUCCCAACCUUUCUCUUGCUCCUUCUAAUUCCUUGUGAGAUUCUUGAACUUUGAUUGAACC